UUCCUUUAAACUGAUGCCAAAAAAGGAGGCAAUCAUAAACCCUAACAUUCAUUCAAAUAAACCAGAUUAAUGGACUUUGCCUUGCUAAGUACAAAGGUUUCCUACUGUAAAUAGUACCUCAUAUUUUCCACACCUGUUUUGUUUCUAGAUCAUAUGCCUUUGACAUCUUUAAGUUUACUUAAGGAAAACAUGGAGCUAAAAUUGACCCAGGAGCUCUUAAAAAUUAUGUUAAGGUAGCACUGUGGCUGUGCUGGCAGUAUGAGUAUUUCAUGGCACUUUCAAAUCGCAAAAUAGAAAAAACUACUGCAAGCAAAAAAAGAAUGCAGUUCAGUUCCACAGGUUGAUCGAGUUGCUCUAGAAACGGGGAGUGUUGCCAUCCUUGCUUCAGACGUCCAUUGACAAUGCGAAUCUAUUGGAAGAAGACUGUCGCCUACCUGCCUUUUCUUUGCCUCGUCCUUGUCCUCUACAUUACACGAAAUAACAAGGGGGAUUUAUCCACUGAGGAAGAGAAGCGAUGGGCAAGAGAGAUUGUCUCACAGCAGCUGAACUCUGAAAAAAACCUGCAGAGUUUCACCGAACUGCAAAAUGAUUCUUCACCGCUUAAUAUCUCUUACCACUUCCUGGCAGGAUUUCCAGUGCAGAAACAAAAAUACCUCACGGUGGGACUCUCGUCGGUCAAGCGAAAGAAAGGCAAUUACCUCCUGGAAACGCUCAAUUCUAUUUUUACACAGUCCUCUGAUGAAGAGCUGAAAGAGAUGGUGGUGGUGGUCCUCCUUGCAGACUUUGACAAGGACUGGAACAUUCAGGUGGUGAAGGACAUCUCCUUGAGGUUCCCACACCAUGUCCUGAAAGGCCAUCUAAUGGUAAUUCAUGCACCUCAAGAGCAGUACCCUCAUCUAGAGGGACUGAAGAGAAACUUUAACGACGCGCCCGACCGCGUCUACUUCCGUUCCAAGCAGAAUGUGGACUAUGCCUUCCUUUUCAACUUCUGUGCCAACCUCUCACGUUACUAUGUUAUGAUAGAAGACGAUGUUCUCUGCUCCAAGAACUUUUUCACUUCCAUUAAAAAGUUCCUUACAUCGCGAAAGGACUCAUUUUGGGUGACCCUGGAAUUUUCCAAACUUGGCUACAUUGGCAAGCUAUACCAUUCCAGUGACCUGCCACGACUUGCUCAGUUUCUUUUUCUUUUCUACCAGGAGAUGCCCUGUGACUGGCUGUUAGGUCAUUUCCGAGCACUUCUUGCUCAAAAGGAAGUGAUUCGUUUCAGACCUUCUUUAUUUCAACAUGUGGGGCUGUAUUCCUCCUUUCAAGGGACCAAGAACCACUUAAAGGAUGACGAUUUUGAAGAGAAUCCCAUUGAUAUUCCUGACAACCCUCCAGCAGACAUCUUUACCAACAUCACUCAGUUUGAGAAGUACACUGCUAAUAAAGCUUAUGACAAUGGAGAAGACUACUUCUGGGGAAAGUCUCCAUCUCCAGGUAGCUACUUUACCAUUGUGCUGCACAAACCAGCUAUGUUAUCACGUGUCUCGAUCCUUUCGGGCUCCCAGGACAGAAUGAAGGACAAGCUACAGUCUGCAGAGGUGGAACAGGGAACAAAACCAGUCAUGUUGGAGAAUAGAGUUGAAUGUUUACAUUAUAUCAAACUUGGUGAUUUUGUUGAUGGGCAGUUUGAGAAAAACAAUAUAGAAGGAAGUACCAAUUCUCCUGUUUCUUGUUUAAGAAUUGUAGUCACAAAAAAACAGGAAGAUUGGGUUAUAAUCCGAAGAAUAAACCUUUGGAUCAAAAAGAAAACAUGAUGAUCAAUCAAGUAGCUUUAAGGAUUCAGAAGGAAAUGGGUGCAUGAACCAAAUGUAUCUAUUUGAAAAAGGCCAGUUUGAGAACAGGGUAAAGCGCAGAAGGCCAUGUGCUGUUACAUCACGGUUUUAUAUAUUAGUGUUUAUGCCGAUCAGACCAUCACUUCUCUAUUUCAGUUAAUUAAAAAAAUGGGUUAAUGGGUUACACUUUCAGUAUUCCUAACCUUGUGGCAUUGGGUGAGAACGUGCAUAACUGGGAUGCAGCAGCUGCUGGUAGAAUCCUGUCCUUAAAAGGCCUUAUUAAAGUUUAGCAAUAAACAUUGCUGAUUUUUAUACCCCAUAAAGAUAUUGUUUGAUUUAAAUGUCUGUUGUAGCCCACAUUAUCCAUGUGCAGAUACAACAAGUGAAAAGGGAUACAGAAAUAUAUAGAGAAAUAGAAGGAACUGGGAAAUGGUUGGAAGAAGCAAUUAUUAUUGAACAUCUGGAAAUGACUUUAUACCUGCUGUUUUUUGCUGGGGACACUUUGGAAUACAUUGUGUUUUUUUACUGUAAGGUUCUUAUUUCAAAGCUCACUCAGUGGUGUUAACUAGUGGUGGGAGAUUAAUUUACAGUUUAGUUUUGAGUGUAAUGUGCUCUGAACAGUUUUGGUUUUGACAGACUAUAUUGAAACAGCACUUGUUAAGGAUUUAGUUGGUGGUGGUAGUUAAUGAUUUGAUAAUGGCUUCUGACUGUGAGUUACUUAAUUCUUCUUGGUUCUUCUGAACUUAAGUGCCACUCUUGACACUGUCUCCCUUCAUUGGUUUGGCUUCAAGGACUUAGUUUGUAAAGUUUUCACUGUUGUAAAACUCAUAUUGUUCCAUUUACUCAGGGUGUUCCACAAUGUUCUGUGCUGGGACCAUUGCUUUUUAAUAUGUAUGCGUUGCCUCAUUGUUUGAGGUUUUGUCAUUCUUGGCUGUGUUUCACUUCACUAAUGCACAGAUGCACCUGCAGACUAGAUACUACUCCUGCACUUUAUAGAUGUCUAAAACUAAGAUUUGGAGGCAGUAGAUCCUUCAACUAAACCAACAAGGCCUAGCUUAAGCUUAUAGGCUCCCAAUUACAGUUUUGCAGAGUUGCAAAGUGUUUUGUUGACGGUGCUGAAAUCAAACCUUUAAUGGACGUUGGAAACCUUGGUGUUACUUUUGACCCUAGUUAUCAUUUGGAACACAUAUAAGGGAGCAUUGCAAGGGUCUCUUUCUACCACCUGCCUAACAUUGCUCAAGUAAAACCCUUGCCUAUAUGAUGCUGAAACAUAAAUAAAUGCUUUUAUUUAAUCGAGAUUAACACUUCACUUAAAGGUGUUACUUCUGGUAGUAAAUAAGCUUCAGAAUGUCCAACAUCCUGCAGUCUGUAUGCCAUUUAAAUGUGUUGUGCAUCAACACAACUUCCAUCUACUGUCAAUUUCACUUUACAGGGCAAUUAAAUUGGGCAGUUCUGCUCAUGUAGAAGGCAUGUAAUGGUCUACCUCCAUAUGAACGUUUUCUUGAGCAAAUCCAGUCCUUAAUCCUGGAUUGGCUGUACCAUCUGAAGACCUGGCUCCACACCGUGGGUGAUAGAGCCUUCUUGUGUUCAGCAUCACAUUGGUGACAAUCAUUGCCCAAGUCCAUUUGAAACUCUGACAUUUUUGACAUUUUCAAAACAAACUCUAUUUUCCCUGAAGUUCAUAAUGUUUUUUUUUCUAAUUUAUUUUGCUGGA